AUGACGAAAACGUUCUUUCAAAACAACCUCAAGUUUGAGACACCGCUUGAUGAUAACAUGAAAGAUUCUCUCAAGAAGCACAUGGUUUCUUUUCUCGUGUACGAGAAUCAACUGAAAAUGCAGCAGAAUGCUUUUAGCCAACUUGAAAUUCAUGCUCAAGGUCUCAGUCAAAAUGUAUCAAAUGACCAGGAAAUCGAUGAUAUGCUUGCAGCAGCAGAUCUUGACAAGAGAUAUAAAGAUGUCAUGACUCAGCUUGAAGAGUCGGAUGACUUUGACCCCACUGAAGAUAAACAAUUUAAAGAUUUGCUCAACCUGCUAACUGAGGAAAACAAUAACUUCGACGAUAAUGACAUUGAAAUGUUGGAAACAGAGUUUACCAUUCCGAUUGAUCCAUUCAGUAAAAAGGCCGUGGUCAUUCCAGUUCGCAACAAAACAUGUGGUCAUCUCUACGACAAGGAAAGCUUUUUCAGCAUGUUUGAGACUCGACCAAGGAACAGCGCUCUGAAGUGUCCUUACACUGGAUGUGCUAACCGAAGAGUGACCAUGGAAGACAUCGAUGAUGACCCUCGUAUGCAAAUUCUCAUUGAAAACGCCCAACGCAAUAAGUAA